AUGAGGGAAGCAACUCGAGCUUGUCGUGCUCUUGCUUUGUUUCAGGUCAAUAAAAUACCACAUUAUUUCUAUCCAUUUCUCAAGUCUUGUAGAGAUGAAAAGCCUUUGGAGUAUGUGAGGAUCACCGCCUUGGGUGUUCUUGGUGCCCUAACAAAGUUUGAUGAUCCAUAUGGAUCUCAUGCCCUUCAUUUCUUCUUGGAAUCGGAAGUGGUUCCUUUGUGCCUGGCGUGCAUGGAUUUAUGUGAUGAAAUAUUGCGGAAGGUUGCAACUCUCAUAGUUAUGAAAGUUCUGAUGCAAGAGAGGGGAAUGAGCUAUUGUUGUGCUACGCCUGAAUGCUUCUUCUCGAUACUACAGGUGUUGAGACGAGUGGUGGAGAAACUUUCUCCAAAACCUUGUUUGCUGCAUCUACAUGACCACGAAACUUCGUGGAUGCUGCAGGUGCUACAUCUCAAUAUUUAUGGAUGUCUAUAUUUUCCGCCAAUUGAAGAUAGAAAAACGAUUGCAAAGAAGGCUGAUCAAGUUAUGCAUCAAGUUCAAAGGGUCAGGGAAAGGGAAAGAAGUGAACUUGUUCUGUAG